GCCGCGACGCGCCGCUCAACAAACUAAUAAACAAAUACUAUGCACAAAACCUGAAAUGAAAAGUUAUAGUAUGCAAAGCUUUUUGUGAGAAAGCAAGCAAAGCAAAGCAAAAGUGAAAUAUCAGCUGUCUCAGUCAACUUGUGCGGUCAUCGUGCGCGUUGUUGUCGUUGUUGUUUUUUUUUUCUAGUCGGUCCGCCGCCGCUCGCUUUGCGCGAUAAAAACAAAUGCCAUAAAUAUGUGCAUUUCGUUAGAUAAAAAGCGCUAAGUGUCGAGUUUUUUUAUUCAAUCGCUAGACAUGGAGAGCAUUCUGGUGCAGACAGAGAGUGGCCCUGUAGUGGGGCGACGCUGCAGGGGCGUCUAUGGCGAUGAGUACGUGAGUUUCGAGGGCAUUCCGUAUGCCAGGCCGCCAGUGGGACGUCUACGUUUCAUGGCCCCGUUGGCGGUGACACCCUGGACGGAGCCCCUGGAUUGCCGGGCGAAGGGCCCAAAGCCACUGCAGUUCAAUCACUACAGCAAACAGCUAGAGGGCGUCGAAGAUUCCCUGCAAUUGAAUGUGUAUGCCAAGGAGCUCCAUUCAGCUAAACCUCUGCCGUUGAUCGUUUUCUUCUUUGGCGGCGGCUUCGAGAAGGGCGAUCCGACCACGGAUCUGCACGGGCCCGACUACUUCAUGAUGCAGGAUGUGGUUGUGGUCACGAUCUCCUAUCGAGUCGGACCCUUGGGCUUUCUAUUGCUCAAAGAUCCCGCCGUGGGCGUGCCCGGCAAUGCUGGGCUCAAGGAUCAGCUGCUGGGCCUCCGAUGGAUACACGCGAACGCGGCCAGCUUCAAUGCGGAUCCCAAUAAUGUGACGGCGUUUGGGGAGAGCGCCGGAGCGGCGUCUGUCCAUUAUCUGAUGCUGAAUCCCAAGGCGGAGGGACUCUUCCACAAGGCCAUUCUGCAGUCGGGCAAUGUGCUGUGCACAUGGGCCCAAUGUCCGAUAAACGACAUGCCGCAGCGUCUGGCUGGUAAUCUGGGAAUGGAGAAUGUGAAUGACGCCACCGAUGCCAUGAUUCUGGACUAUCUGCAGGCUCUGCCGGGAGAGCAGCUGGUGAAGCCGUAUCUCCUGAGUCGCGCCGAGCACAUGGACGAUUGUGUGUUCCAGUUCGGGCCAAUGGUGGAGCCCUACAGAACGGAUCACUGUGUGUUGGCCAAGCAGCCGUCUGAGCUGCUGGCCACUGCCUGGGGCAACAAGAUUCCACUGCUGAUGAGUGGCACCUCCUUCGAGGGCCUGCUGAUGUAUGGUCGCGUCUUUGUGGCACCCUAUCUGCUGACCGACCUAAAGGAUCAGCCCGAGCAUAUGCUGCCGUUGCAUUUGAAGCGUACCCUGCCCCUGGCUGUGGCACAAAACUUGGGCAAGCGUCUGCAGGCGACGCAUUUCGGAGAGAGCGCCGCUAUAGACUUGUCGCCAGCGGGAGUGUUGGCCUACUGCGAGUACGCCACCUACAAGGUCUUCUGGCUGCCCAUUAUGAGGGUAGUGCGUUCGCGCCUACGCCAUAGUAUGGCUCCUACCUACCUAUGCCGCUUUGAUUUCGAUUCGCCAACAUUCAAUCAUCAGCGCAUCAAGUAUGUGGGUGACAAGCUACGUGGCGUGGCCCAUGUGGAUGAUCAUUCGUAUCUGUGGUUUGGCAGCUUCGCCUGGAAAUUGGACAAACAUACGACAGAAUUUCAAACCAUCGAACGGAUGAUUGAUAUUGUCACAAGCUUCGCUAGAAGUUCGAGUCCCAAUUGCCCGAAAGUCGCCGAACAGCUGCCACGCACCAAGGAAUGGCUGCCCUUGGACAGCCGUCAGUCCAACGUGGAAUGCCUCAAUGUAUCGGAGAGCAUCAAAUUGAUUGAGCUGCCGGAACUGCAGAAGCUGCGCGUGUGGGAGAGUGUCUGCCAAAUCAAAGACUAGCUUCAGAAAAUGAUUUUCUUUUCCUAUUGUUUUUGUCGAAAUUCCAAGUGCAUUAAAAAUGUCCACACGA